UAAAAGAGAGCGUUUACUUACAUUAUGGAGCACUUGCUCACAAAUUGAUGCGUCUGCUAUAAAGGAGACGCAACUUCUGUUGGAUGGAACAGUAUUUCGGAAAAUGGCAGACAUGGUUGUUCUACGAAAAACUAAACAUUAUAAGGAGCGUAGGGAAACCAACAUAGGUGACUGUAAAACCUUGUACAGAUUUUCUGCAGAAAAUGUUACUUGGUUAGCAGAUUACUUUUUAAAUGAUUGUACUGAAACCAGGGGAGGUGCUUUGUCGCCAAAAAUGAAAAUGAAAAUUUGUUUGAGGUGUUUGGCCAAUUCCGGUUUUCAGUCAGGAAUAGCAGAAGAAUUAGACGUUCAUCAGUCGACAGUAUCAAAAGUAGUUACAUUUGUCACAACAAGGGUCACAGCAAAAGUUUCAUCAUGGAUCAAAUUUCCUCACACUGAACAAAAUAUUUUGCAGGCUUUAGAAGACUGGCAAAAUGUCAAUCACUUUUCGGGGGUCAUUGGGGUCAUUGAUUGUACCCAUAUUAGAACUGAAAAACCAGGUCGUCAUGAGGAUGAAUAUAUCAAUAGAAAAGGAUGGCCCAGUAUCAAUGUACAAGCGACUUGCAACGCCCAAGACGUCACCUUUAUUAGAAGACGUUUCUGAAUUAAAACAAACAAAAAGAGUUGAAUAUGCAUUGUUAAAUAUCGUUUAUUUGGUAUAAUACACAUAUUAUCACUGUCA